AUGCCACAACAGGAUUUACAUCGUCCUCUCACGAGCCAUGCCGACGAAGCUCGAAUUGAUGCUCGCAAGUUUCUAAACGAACGAGCCCAGAAACAGUUCUACAAAGAUUUUCGGGACGGUAUUGAGUACUUGGAACAGCAAAAAGUUCGUGAUGCGGCCUCACGACAACAGAGCAGACAACCCUCCAAGUUUCUGAUAACGGCGUUGGAUAUGGCAAGGCCAUCUAUCGAUCCGACACGAGCUCCUUCUUUAAUGAUGACGAGACCUUCCAUCACUGACGAUGAGAUUGCUGAAGAUGAGCCAGACGAAUAUAGUUCAAGCCCUCAAAUCAUGAUACGAGUCUCAAGUGACGAUGAAGGGUUACCAGAACAACAACAAACAGAACAACAAAAGGAACAACAACCACUUCACCUACCGAAUCCGCUCCAGAUGAAACAAUUGCCACGUCCAACAGCUCUCUCUGUCACCAAACAACAGUCUCGUCGUGGCUCUACGAUCGAAAGUCGCUCUGCUAGUGUCGUCAGUACGAGAAAGAAGGGGACAUCGACCCGUGCUGCUGCUAAACUACGAAGAGCUUUCGUGCUAGUGAGGCACUUCAUCCGAUUCGUCAAAAUAUUAGCAAAACCCCUCAGCAGAAUGUUUGAAAAGGGAUGGGAUUAUUAUGAUGCUUUCCGUGAUGAACCUACUGAUCUACGGAAUCACUCACUCAUCAGCGCUACUGGAUUGGCUGCUAGUAUUGGCAAUGUUGGUAUAAGUGCAGCUGCUAGUCUUCUCAUGAUUUCUGGAAGUCCAAAUAGCUCAAUAACACAACCGAUGCAACAACAAUACUCUGGGUCAUUACCUGAUACCAUGCGUGAUUUGCUAAAGAAGAAACCGAUGGAUCGUACGAGUCACGAUAUCGCCAUGUUGCAAUACUUUUUCACUCCUAUGCGUGCUUUUGCUAAAUGGCCUGUUGAAGGUCAGAUGCACUUUUUGAAGGUUGGGCGUUACGAACGAUGGGGAGCCAACCGUAUGCUUGUCAGAGAAGGUGAUCCCGUCGGAAAUAUGUAUAUCAUGAUCAAUGGAAACGCUAGUGUGUUGCAAAACCAGAAGAAUGACGAGAACGCACCGAAACGACCGAAUGGUGAUAAAGCUGUCUUUUUCGACAAGACUCUAAUGAUGGUAGUCGCUGAAUUAGGAGCAGGAGCAUGUAUCGGUGAAUUGGCUUUCGUUUCAAACAUACCGAAACGUUCAGCCACCAUAAUGACGAAGACGGCCUGUGAAUUUCUGAGUGUGGACAAGGCAGCUGUCGAUUUUGUUCUGGGCAUGAGUCGUGCUCAGUCAGAUCAGCGUAACUUGAAGCUACUUUCAAGAUUUCCAAUUUUGAAGACGAUGAGUGCUGAUCCAGCAACACUCAUGCGUUAUUGUACAUUCAAGAAAUAUAUGUCAGAGUCAGUCGUUUCUGCCGAAGGAGCUGCUACAGGCAAUGCCGCAGUACAUUUCAUACUAUCAGGUCAUUGCAGAGUGAUCAAAGUGCUACCGUUCGUCCAGCUAAAGCUACCAAACGGAUCCGCCGUGCUGAAAGCUCCUCCUCCAGGCGUCGACAUCAACUCACCGAAAUUCGUCGAAACUCUACCAUCGAACAUGUCAAUAGUACACCGCCCCAUCGUAGUCAAAAUCAUCAAUGUUGGUGAAAUGUUUGGAGAAGGUCCUAUACCUGGGCUAGUAUACACUACAGAAGGAGAGACUGGACGACAUGGUAUAUCUCAACGGCUUUCGUGGGAUAAUGUUUCUGUAGUGACUUCGUCAUGUGUGGAGUGUCUGUCGAUACUCACCGUUGACUUCCGUAUGUUUGCUACUGAUCUCACAAAGGCGAAACUUGCUGAAAUGGAUUCGAACUCGCAAAGGCUAUCUCUGGACGAUGUGGCUUCCGAAUUCAGUAAUAAUCGUCGAUGGUAUGGAUACAAGAGAGGGGUCCUUAUGGAAGUCGUCAGGACUUCUGCACGUCUUCAAGACCUCAUGAAACGACUCGAUGGCGAAACUACCUGA